AUGGCGAAUAACCCUUCAGACACUCCCGCCGACGAUUUCCUUGAACAAAUUCUCGGCCUCCAGACCUUCGCUUCCGGCGACUCAGGCCUCUCUGCCGCCGAUGUUGGCCUCGCCGGUACUGCUUCUCCGGCUCCGAUGAUGCUGCAGCUCAACUCUGCCGACGCCAACGCUCACCUCACCGGCGCUGCCUUCCACGCGCCUGUGUAUCAGUUAGGUCUUAGCUUGGACCAAGGCAAAGGAGGGUUCAUGAAGCCCGAGGAAGCCUCCGCUAGCGGAAAGCGUUUUCGCGACGACGUCGUUGACGGUAGAGCUAAGAAUGUUUUUCAUGGGCAGCCCAUGCCUACUACUAUGCCGGCUGCUCCACAUCCUCCAGUAAUACGUCCUAGGGUGCGGGCCAGAAGAGGACAGGCUACAGAUCCUCACAGCAUAGCUGAACGGUUACGCAGAGAAAGAAUAGCAGAAAGAAUCAGGGCAUUGCAAGAACUUGUUCCUAGUGUCAAUAAGACAGAUAGAGCUGCCAUGUUAGAUGAAAUUGUUGAUUAUGUCAAGUUCCUAAGGCUUCAAGUGAAGGUCUUGAGCAUGAGUAGAUUGGGUGGAGCCGGUGCAGUGGCACCACUGGUAACUGACAUACCAUUAUCAUCAGUUGAGGAGGAAGGUGGUGAAGGUGCAAGAAACCGACCUGCUUGGGACAAGUGGUCAAAUGAUGGCACAGAAAGGCAGGUAGCUAAGCUUAUGGAAGAAAACGUUGGGGCUGCCAUGCAGUUUCUUCAAUCAAAGGCACUCUGCAUCAUGCCCAUCUCACUAGCAUCUGCGAUUUACCAGUCACAACCACCCGACACUUCUAGUGUAGUCAAGCCUGAAACUAAUCCUCCUUCAUAG